CUCUUCGAAGGCUUGGAAAACAUGGUGCACCCUAGACAGAGCAACACCAGUAAAAAGAAGCACAUUGGUGGAUUGCAAUGUCCUGCCAAACGUCAGAGUUUCACGAAUAGACAUCGAUGCUGUGUGGGAGGGAUUGGUCUGUGCGUCAGAGGUUAUGGAGUAGUGUUUACCUGGGUCAACGUAUGCGCCUCUUUCUCCCAGCUCUAACCGUCGUGUCACAGAUCUAAUGUGAUCCCUCCCACUUCCACCUACGCGCACCUUUAGGAUAACAGCUUGUAGCCGGGACUUACUGAGAUUUCUGCUUGGGCCAAGCAGUGAGGACAGCUGAGCUCCAGAGACAGAAAGAGGGAUUCUAAAGAGCAAAUCAUGGCUGAACCCAAGACUCUCAAAUUUCUGCUGCUGGGUGCCAACGAGGCAGGCAAGACCACCUUGGCUAAGCAGAUGAAAAUACUACACCUUGGUGCCUACACUGAUGAGGAAAGACUGGAAUACAGAGCCACCAUCUACAGCAACAUCCUUCAGUUCACUCUAACUCUCAUUCAGAACAUGGGCCCCCUGGAGAUCAAGUAUGCAUCGCCCUCCGGAGAGGGCGAUGCUAAGAAGUUGGUGACCAUGGCGGGGUCGACAGAGGAGGGAACAAUGCCCGCAGACGUGGCAGCUCUCAUCACAACCGUGUGGGCAGAUGCAGGCAUCAAGGCCUGCUAUGAGCGUGCCAACAUGUAUGACAUAAAUGACCCUACAAAUUACUUCUUGGAUGACUUCGAGAGAGUUUGGCAGCCCAAUUACCUACCCACUGAAAAGGAUGUGCUACACUCCCGGUUGGAGACCACUGGCACUUCAGAGGAGCAGUUCAACUACAAGGACCUGCUCAUCAGGCUUUUCGAUGUGGGGGGCAAGCGUGAGGAGAGGAAAGGCUGGAUCAAGAAUUUCGAGGAUGUGUCCUGCAUAAUCUUUGUUGCAGCUCUCAGUGCAUAUGACCUGGUGCUGGUGGAGGAUGAUGAGAUGAAUCGCGUACACGAGAGCCUCCAUCUCUUCAACAGCAUCUGCAACCACAAGUUCUUCAAUAACACUACCAUGGUGCUCUUCCUCAAUAAGUCAGACAUCUUCAAGAACAAAAUCAAGAAAUCUCCCCUGACCAUUUGCUUCCCCAACUAUACUGGUGGCGACAGUUAUGAUCAGGGAGCUGACUUCAUCAAGAAGCAGUUCGAGGAGCUGAACCUGAAGAAGGGCGAAAAGGAGAUCUACACCCAUCUGACCUGUGCCGUAGACACACAGGUUGUGGACUCAGCAUUCAACACUGUUGUUGACACCGUCGUCAAAAACCUGAAGGCCUGUGGUCUGUACUAAAACUACUCCAGCCAUCUAUGUACUGACCAGCUUUUUCUAAAACUGAUAAAUGACCCUGAAAACAUUUCGGCUUGUAACAAGAGAAUUAACAUGAGAGAAUUGAUGUUCUGUAGUUGACGCACUCUGUGAUCACAGCUUCCUGUCAACAUAUCAGACAUACCAUAUAUGACCAAGUGUGUCAUUUUUAUAAUGUCUUGGAGGCUCUAUGAGCAUGAGGGAUACAUCGAUCUCUAAUUGUGUAAAUAAUACCUGCAAUGCAUUUCAACAGAGCUUUUCACAUCUAUAUUCCCACUACAUUUGUUGCACCAGCAUUUAUUUCUGAAACCAUCAUUUAUCCUCAGUUGAUGUUGAGGUUAUGCUGUGUUAGGUGACAUUUUUGAAAAUAUUUUUGUGGAUUAAUGUAUUUAUUCAAAUCAUGUACAGAGCUAGCAGACAUUUCUCAUUGUAAUCUGUUAAAAGUGUUUUUGGGUUUGCAUUGCCAGAAAAGUGAGAAAAUCCCACCAGU